CGAAGUGCCGAGCAGCCGCGGACCCGCGGAGCACGUGGGGGCCAACGGGCCUGGGCACCGCGACGCCACCGCCAAACCACCGCGGACCCACCGCGGACCCACCGCCAAGCCACCGCGGACCCACCGCGAGGGAUGCCAGCCGACGAGCUCCUCGGAAGCUGAUCAAGUUUUUUUCUGUCCGGCGCGGCUGUCUGUAUGAGCCCCCGAAACAUUGUUGAGGUGCAGUCGCUCCCGGCCACACAGAAUGAGAAUACCGUCUCCUUGUUAGAAUAUGCUGAAGAUACCGAAAGGGCUCAAGAAAAAGAAGAAGGGAAAAAAGGGUAAACAUAAAGGAGACGAGGAUCUCUUCACUCCCGAGGAGCUCGAGGAGUACAAGAGGCAGAAGGCUCUCAAGGAACAGCAGGAGCAGCAGGAGGCCGAGGCCGCCGCCGAGGAGGUCGGGCCCGACGACCACGCCGCGUCCACUUCCUCUUCCGACCACGGCCAAGGCCACGGCACCGCACCCGCCCCUGCAGCGGCCAGCACCAACGCCAACGCACCGGCGUCCACCUCAGCACCCGAGGACGAGGACCGCUUCCAGGCCCUCCUUGGAGGCGUCGACUCGAUCCUCAACAAGACCCAGAGGGACCUCGAUCGCAUCAAGUCCACCAGCUACUUCCAGCGGAAGCCCACCCCCAGCGAGCUCCAGAGCAAGAAGGCCGAGGGCCCGCCCGCACGGCCAGCAGCACCCACCGCCACCGCGGUAGCCGCCGCCAGCAAGAAGGGCAAGAGGUGGGUCGGCUUCGGGGACGGCGACGAGGACGCUGACAGCGAAGAGGAGCACCCCCAGCACGCCGCGCCAGCACCAGCGCCUGCAGCAGCACCGCAGGCCGCCGCUUUCGAAACGCACGAAGACGAAGAGGAGGAGGAGAGCGAGGAAGAAGAAGACGAAGGGGAUGACAUCUUCGACACCUCGUACAUCGAUGUCAUCACCAGCGGGGAGGUCAAGCUAGCCUACAUCCCGGACAGCCCCACCGAGCAGCCCGACGACGGCGACGACCCGUUCGACACCACCUACGCCGCCAAGGUCAUCGGUAACGACGAGGACAUCAAGCGCAAGCAGAAACUCGAGAAGGUCAGUCUCGGCAUCGCGGUCGACGUCCUCACCGGCAAGGCCGCCCCGCCCUCCAAGCCGCCGCCGCUGCCCGACCACGCCGUCGCCAAGCGCGCCGUCCCGCGCCGCGUCAAGCCCGUCGACCUCCUCAAGCUUGGCAGCUUCGACGACUCUGGAACCAGCGAGGCAGUAGAGGGAGAGGCACCCGCGGCGGAAGAACCCGCCAGUCUCCUCGACGACGACGCCCUCGCUAUCCCGGAGGACCUCCCGCCCGUCGGCACCCCCAUCAUCCCCCCAGCGUCCGUUCUCCCGGCUGCACCAGCACCAGAGGAGGACAAGGAGCCCGCGGAGGAGGACAAGCACAUCGACCUCUCCGAGUUCGAUGUGAUCGCGGACAAGCCGGUUGUCGACCUCCCCGUCAGCAACCUCGCCCUCGUCGCCGCCGCCCUCGGAGGGCCGCCCCCUCCCGCACCGGAAGAGGAGGACGAGUUCGACGACGAGUUCGCCGCGCUCGCCCAGGAGUCCCUGCAGAAGCAGAAGGAGGACGAGGACGAGUUCGCCGUCGACGGCGACGACCCUUUCGACACCAGCGUCGCGGCGGUCGUCCUCGGCCAGCCGGACGAACCCAAGGCCGACGUAGACGUACUCCUCGCCGGGCCGCAGGCGAGCUGGUCCGCCUUCGACGAGGACGAGCACGAGCACCCGCACCUCAAGCCUUCACGACCACCUCCACCACGCCCCGCACCGCCCCCGGUGCACGCCAAUGAGGACAUCGACCCCUUCGACACCUCCAUCGCGCACAACAUCCUCCCCGGCAAGACCGAGCUCAAGCUGAUAGAGAAAGAGAUCCUCGAGCACGACCAGCACAACGAGGCCCGCAUCCUAUCCAACAGCGACAGCGACUUCGACUUCAACCCCCGCGCAGGCGAGCAGCCUGCCCAGCAGCAGACGCAGGUCAGCUUCUACGUGACCGACCCCGCCGGGGACAUCGACCACAGCCCCGUGGUGCACCGCGACCUUCUCGGCGGCAGCAGCAGCGACCUCUCCCAGCUCGGCCACGACCCCAUCGCGCCGGCCGACACCGCUGCGGCGGAGGACGAGGAGACUGCCCUCCACGACGACCCCUUCGACACUUCUGCCGUGGACGUGGUCACGGCUCCCGGACGCACGGAGCUUCGCUACCUAGAGAAGGAGAUCCUCGGUGACGUCGCUUCCGGUGGAGCCAUCGCAGCGAGUGCCGCUCCGCAAGACGAAGACGACUUCGACCCGCGCGCCGAAGAGGCCACGAACAAGGCCCAGCGCCCCGACGUGCUUGGCGUGCACAAGAGCGUCGCCUUCGUGCUACCGUCGCCCGCCGCGCCGGAUCUACUCGGAGGAGCCGAGGAAGGCACCAAGUUCUCCAAGCCGCUGACGCCGUACUACGCGGAGGACGCCCCCGACAUCACUGCCGACGUCGACCCCUUCGACACGGCCCACGUGGCGUUCGCGCCGGGCAAGACUGAGCUCAAGAUCCUCGAGAACGAACUCGUGGGUAGCGCCCCCGACAUCAAGCCCAGUCUUUCCGACUACGACUUCGACCCGCGUGGCGCGCAGGCAGCAGCAGCCGCCCCCGUCGACCAGGACCUGUUCAAGGUCGAGGAAGGCGUCGGCCACCGCCCGCUCACACCGGCUGUUGAGGAGGCGGCCGAAAUCGACCCGUUCGACACGUCCAUAGCGAGCAACAUCGCCCCGGGCAAGGCGGAGCUUAAGGUGCUCGAAAACGAGCUCAUCACCAACGACCCGCAGACCUCCAUCAAGCGCACCUACACGGACCCCGACUUCAACCCGCGCGACGGCCCGGAGCAGGCCAACCAGGACCUGCUCAGCAGCGCCCCGGCGCACGACGCCAAGGCACUCACCCCGGUGCUAGGCGAGAGCUCCUCCUUGGACGGCCCCGAGGACGACGUCGACCCCUUCGACACGUCCAUCGCGGCCGACCUCGGCCCCGGCAAGACCGAGCUCCGCAUUCUCGAGUCCGAGCUGAUCGGCCGUCAGUAAGCGCAAAAGGAAAGCGAAACACAGCCGCCAAC